AUGUUCAACGAUAGCUUUCAACUCCUUCUUCACGGUGAACGAGAUUCUUCCAUAGCUGUACCGUUCACAACUCGGUCGAUGAUCUCCGAGAAGGUUAAGAAAAGAAAAUUCCGUAAUCCAAUCCCUACUGGAAACGAAACGCUCUGUGAUGCUUUUCGGGACACCGCGCGGCCACCUUGGUGGCAAACAGACGUGUGCAAGCUUGGAGCGGGUGCUCCAGGUGUCGGUGUUGCUUUUGAGAAUAUUGACUUCAUCAUGUGGAUGGGAACAUCUGCGCUACCGCAUUUUCGGAAAAUGUACAGGAUAUUGGAUAGAGAGGUGGACGGUUUUCGCGAUGGACUGCCGAGUGGUAUGUAUACACUGGUGAUAAACUAC